GGAAACGUCAUUCUUAUCAAUUGGCAAGGUUGCUCCACGGCCGAUUGGAGUGAUCAUGUAAAUUCCUUCCCAGUACAAAAUAGAACGUAAUUCCCCAACCCAGUUCCCUCCACACUCAUCAAAAUAUUCUAAAAAUUUAAUUAUACAAAUCAAAAAACAUAGAAAAUGUCUAAGCUCUACAAAACCGUUAUCACUGCGUGCGACAGAUAUGUUCCUAACAACUUACGUCCGCUAUGGAACCACGAAGCUGGACCAAAAACAGUCUUCUUUUGGGCCCCUUUCUUCAAAUGGGGUUUGGUGAUUGCUGGACUAGGUGACCUCACUCGGCCCGUGGAGACCCUUUCCAUCCCCCAAUCUGUAUCCCUGGCCGCCACCGGCAUCAUCUGGUCCCGGUACUCUCUCGUCAUCAUCCCUAAAAACUAUAGCUUAUUCUCUGUCAAUGUGUUUGUGGCCUGCACUAGUCUGUACCAACUCAGUAGGGCUGUGAGACACGCGCAAGAGCAGAAAAAACUUAAGGAAAACUAGACUAAAAGUAAUAGAAUGAAGUUUUAGCAGCCAAUAAUCUCUCUCUGUUAUGUAAUAUUGAACAGCAUGCAAUGUAGCUUCAACUCCAACUGUACUGGGAAUGGAAGGGGGCAAAAAUUAUAUACCUAUUUUAUUUUUGUUAUCAAUAUUCCCUAGUAAUGUUAACGAACAUGUACGUCUGUCUCCGCGAUUGUUAUGCCAUAGGGUUGUAGCUAAAUUGGACAUUCCAUAGCGUAAGUAUUGAACUACCAAUUUAGCUAGGACCCUAAAUGGCUCAACAAUCGCGGAGCGUGAUGGUACAUUCGAUACCGAAUUUUAAACUUCUGGGUAUAAAAACUGUUGAUACAGUAAAACCCAGCUAUAUUUUAUUUUUGUUAAACUUACAACGUAACUUUAUACACGGGUAUUAAGGGGGUAGGUAGGUCGCACCAUUCAGUCCUAAAUGUGGCCAAAUGUUCUCUUUAUAAUGUUACUCAACUUGUGAUGAAGCCAAUUCAAAUCAUUAAGUCGAGAUUCUUUUGAUUCGACAUUCGUGUGACAUUAUGGGCUUCCGAUAAAGUUUCUAUCAUGCAGUCACGGGUGACCCGUAGCGUGAGCCUUGACCUAAAUAUACGUCUGUUAACUUCGAAGAUAUUAUACUCGUAUAGCCUAUUGAAUAUACAGGUAGUAAACGAAACUAUCAUAUACUUUGCUUAAGUACAUAUAUAUUUUUGCCGCAUGUAUCUGGAGACUUCAUAAAUACGUAGCAGGGAGUUGCAUUUCUUUCGCCUAAAACAUUAUUUUCAGAAUUGAAUGGUGCUUCUUUAGUUAGAUAGUAAAUCAAUCUCAGUGGGUUUAUUAAUUAAGCUAUUUAUUUAUUUUUGUUAAGAAUGUAUACGCUCAAGUCCUUUUUCUUGAGGUGUUUAGUAGUAUUAGCUGUAACAAAUUGUCUACAAAAUUGAUAAAAAUUUGGUGACCUUAUUAAUUAUUAUGUUAGGUGCUUUUGCCUAAGUAAUAUACCCGACACAUUGUUAAAAGACUUGUUAUGAAUAAACAUAGUUUACAAAAUCAGGGUUUCACUAAAAAAAAACCUUUAAAAUAUUUGUUCUUAAAACAUAGUCUAAGUACACGGCAGUUAGAGUAGGUAGGUUAAACCUAACCUGUAGUAGGCUAACCUAACCUAAACCAACUUAUUAGUACUAUUAGUAGAAAUAAAAUAAAUACGUAGUUACCGGAAAAACAUGAGAUCUUGCUUAUCAGUAAUUACCUAUGGUGUAAUAGGUGACUUUUAUGUCAUAAAUAAUAAUUAUUCUGUUUAAACGUAUCUGUGAAAAUUAACCAUAAUGUACUAACUAGAAUAGGCCUUAAUGCCCUGUCAUAAGGUCUUCUUUGGCUGUCACAAUUUGUACUAAUCAUUAGAUCUCUUUUACUAUUUAAGAGAAUGAUUCAAUAAUUGUGAUCAUGUCUGUGUUAUUGUUUACAUUAUUUGAGACAGGCAGAUUCAACAUUAUGUGUGCUAUUGUAUCCUAGGGGUUGUUUGGACCUGUGAUAAAGAGUUACCUAUGUAUGCUAUGUUAUACGUUCGAUAUACAAUGUUGAAAUACAUAUCAUUACUUGUGUAAUAUUUGGAUCAUUAAAUCAGAGUUUUGUAAAAUGUUGUGUAUUUUUGUAGCGUCUUUCUUUACUGAACAAUAUAAUGUUUUGUUGGUAAUA